AUGGUCGCUAUGCAGACGGAUGACACCCUCCUCCUCGCCUCCCCUGAGUUCGCGGCCGCAGAAGAAAGAGAGAUCCAGAAGGCUAAGCUCCGCUCGAAACCAAGGAGCCAGCUAUCGGCCGCGACUCCCCUCGAGUUUAAUGGUUGCACACUUCUAGCCGAAAAAGACGACCUUAUCAUCCAGCAGAAGGGCCAAGCGCGCGCGCGAGCAUAUAUCGCAUCAAUCUGCCAGCCCGAGGCCACGUUCGACUACUCAGUCGCAGCACAAGUGCAGCAGCCGGAAGCCCCGGACUACAAGACCCUGAACAAGCGGAUACAAUGGCAGACCGACAACCUGCAACGAGGACUCCGCUAUGUUCCCUUGGCCUUUUCGACUGCGAAGCUAAUGGUAUUCACGGACGGUUCGUUCGCGAACAAAGACCUAAGCUCACAACUGGGCUUUGUUAUUGUGCUCGCCAACGAGGAACAGAGCCCUGCUGAUUUCACGAUCAGAGGCAAUGUCCUGCACUGGUCAUCUACGAAGAGCAAGCGAGUGACCCGGAGCGUGCUAGCCUCGGAGAUCUACGGCAUGGUCCAAGGUUUCGAUAUGGCCAUUGUCAUCGCGACCACCCUGCAGGCUAUUGUCAAGCAGCUGGACCUACCCCGACUCCUCAUUGUCUGCACCGACUCAUACUCGCUAUACGAAUGCCUCGUAAAGCUCGGGACCACGAAAGAGAAGCGACUCAUGAUUGAUAUCAUGGCGCUAAGGCAGUCCUACGAGCAGCGCGAGAUGGCAGAGAUCCGUUGGAUCAAUGGGGAUGACAACCCGGCUGAUGCGAUGACCAAGCAGCACCCAACCGUGCUUUGGAACGGUUGA